AUGGAGCAAGAGGUUCUGUGUAAUUUUCAAAAGCUACAGCUAACAAAAGAGGAGGCAGAUGAUAUAAUCAUAACAAGUGUUACUAGAGCAGAGCUUCUUGAAGAAUGUUCGUUGAGUCUCUUUGGGCGCCUCCUCACUGACCGGCAACAAAACCAGAGAGCUUUCAAGAAUACUUUGAAGACUGCAUGGAAAAUGGGUUCGGAUUUGAGGAUUGUAGAGGUGGGGAACAAUGUAUUCCAGUUUAAAUUUGGUUCAGUGUGUCAGUUGGAAUGGGUUGAGAGAAGUGGCCCAUGGAAUUUUGAUAAUAACCUUCUUCUUCUGUGUCGAUGGAGGAAGGGUUUAACGGCAUCAAACAUCUCAUUUUCCCAUGCUCCAUUUUGGGUUCAAGUUUGGGGAUUACCCUUUGAGUACAUGUCUGAAGAUGCUGGGAAAGACAUAGGAGGCAGACUGGGUAGGGUCCUUGAAGUGGAUAAAAGGUCAUUACAAGCGGAGCAAGCGAAGUUUAUGAGGAUCCGGGUGGAGAUACCCAUUGACAAGCCUCUUAGAAGAGGAGGCAACAUCACCAACUCGGAGGGGGAAAGAUGCUCAAUCAUUUUCAGGUAUGAACGUCUCCCUACCUUUUGUUAUAUGUGUGGUAUUCUUGGACAUGAUGAGAAACAUUGCCAAGUGAGUUCCAUAGAGGGAGUGAUAGAGAGGCAGUAUGGAGAUUGGUUAAGAGCUGGAGGAGUGAUUAGAAACGGUAAUGAUAAAGGAAAAGGGGUGAAUGAAGGAAGCUCGGAAGGGGUGGCGGUUGAUCGGAAUUACUCCCGCCCAGGAAGUUCGGUGGCAAAUCCUGGUCCUUCAGCUUUGUCUAAGGAUUGUGGGGCAGGUGGCCGGGAUUGUAACAGUGGGCGUACAGAGGGGAAAGCUGUGAACUUAGCGGACCUGUCAAAAGAUUUGAAUCCGAUCUUGAGUGUGGGUGCUGGUCUGACUGGAUGGGACAAGGGUGAUGGGGCAGUACGUGGGUUGCAGGUUGAGCAGAAGACUCAGUUAGAAGGUAAUGGGACUUGUUGGAGUCUAGUUAGAGAGCAACUUAAACCGGGUGAAGAGGCCAGGUCAAAUUAUUUUAAAAAAGAUGGGCCUUGUAAUAUUGAACCCGAAAUGGCCAGCCCAGUAAAAGCCAAUAAGGAGGCCUUUAAAGACCCUAGUGUAAAUGGUUUGGGCCCUAAUUUAGAAGCUGAAAAAGAACCCAUUAGUAAAGGUAAAUGGAAAAAAAUUGCUAGAGAAAAGGGUAAGGCCCAAGAAGUAGAAAUGAAGCUUAAUGGUCCGGAAGUAGGAAAUAAAAGAGUGGGAUGUAUUGAGGAUUUACUAAUAGCUGAAUGUAGAAGUCAGAAAAAGGUCCGUGGAGGGGAAAGAAGCAACAAUGACUCCAACUCUCUGAAUGAAACGGCGGUGACUGCUAGGCAGCACCGCCGAGAAAAAUGA